GCGGUCGCGUCGCGCCUGUAGGUGCCGGACGUGGCGGUGGUGGCGGACCUCGACCGGGGCGCCGUCCACAAAGCCCCAUCUACGGAGUGGUUCUCGGCGCGCGCACCGCCCGUCCUCUCGCUCUGCACCGAGCUGGCGGCGUGCAUGGGCGACUGCAUUCGUUUCCGGCAGAGCGGCGUGCAGGUCGCAUGCCUGCGCUUUGUGGUCGACGUCCUCAACUUGGGCUCCGGCUUCCUCGCCUCCUCGCGCGCGCCCGCCGACGAUGCCGCGCGGCGGCAGCUGGCGCUACUUCGCACGUUUGCCGACGACGUCACCAGCCGGUGCCGCGCCAAGGGAUUGGGUGCCGACGCCCUCGCAAGCCUGCAGCGGGCGAGGCUACAGUCGGAGGGCGCCAUCCUUGCUGACGUCUGCGACGUGGCGCUCGCGAGUGCCGGGGAGGCGCGCGCGGAGCGGCUAACGGCCGACGGCGGCGCGUGGCACCGCGGCGGCCAAGACAACUGGGCCGCCGGCUUGCUGGGCGACGCCGCGCCGCACGCGGGGGGCCUCGCGGCGCAGCUGGCGGGCGGCGGCGAGCCCGCGCCGGUGUGCCGGCAGUUGCGGCACGUGUACGCGUCGCAGUCCUUCCGGCAGUGGUGGCUGCAGCCGUCGCGCACGCGCUCGCCCGAUCGGUUGCAGUGGAUGGAGUUCCGCGCAAAAGGCAUCGACCUCUCCGAGUACGUGCGCGAGAAUCGGGACUCCCUCGCCGUGCUGGAGCAGUCGGUUUCGCAGCGCAUCCACGAUUUGCUCGCCAAGGCUAGCGUCGAUGGAGUCGAAAGGGCGGCUCCGCAGGAAGGCGACCCGUAUCGACGAGAGGGGCUUGACAAGUGAGUCAUCAGCGUGUGGUGUCUGAGACUCUGGUGUGUGGACUCGCGUGUGCUGCGGCUCUCUUUCAUGCGCGCUGGGGUAGCGGGUCACCCUGUGAAGGUAUCCCGUCGCUGUUAGACGCUGGCACGCGCUGGCCCCGGGGGGGCGCGGGCGUGGGGGGCUGUCUGUCCUCCUGCGCUCACGCGCUCAGCUCAUAUAUUUUUGUGUGGCCGUCUC